UGCCUGAGUUUCUAUAUGUGUUCGUUUGAUAUGACCUCAAAAGGAAGAUGCUGGGAACAUGAUUUUCUUGUUUUCCAAACCUUCACCUGAAUUGCAUGAGGUUUAGGUGUUCAUUCCGGCCAAGUGCUGUUUGCCGGAGCCUGCCUGGAGAUCUCUGUUGUCCCGCAGACACGACGGAAGGCAGUGUAACGUCAGCUGCAGCCUCUUAACAGCAACAGCCUGCAGAAGCCCGAGGAGAUUUGUGAGAUUGAACUGCCCGGUGUGGAAGCAGCAGUGAUAACAGCCUGUUGGCCAGGGCCCGGCUCUGACCUGGGUGACCGCACCACCAUCCUGGAUGUACAAUGUUACUGAAAAGGAAGACCCGUCGCUUGACCCCCUCAGAGGGGGAGGUAGCACGUGCCUAGAAGAUGGAGAACUCCACAGAGAAGAUGCCAGUGAACAAUUCCUCCAGCUGCAUCAUUGACCAUACCAUCCACCAGACCCUGGCUCCCGUGGUGUACAUCACGGUGUUGGUGGCCGGCCUCCCAGCAAACUGCUUCUCCCUUUACUAUGGCUACCUGCAGAUCAAGGCCAAGAAUGAACUGGGCAUAUACCUAUGUAACCUGACCAUGGCUGACCUUCUGUACAUCUGCUCCCUGCCCUUUUGGCUCCAGUAUGUCCUGCAGCAUGACAACUGGUCCCACAAUGACCUCUCUUGCUUGAUCUGCGGGAUCCUCCUCUAUGAGAACAUCUACAUCAGUGUGGGCUUCCUCUGCUGCAUCUCCAUCGAUCGGUACUUAGCCGUAGCCCACCCCUUCCGCUUCCACCGCUUCCGGACAGUGAAAGCCGCUGCGGCGGUCAGUGUGGUGGUCUGGGUCAAGGAACUGCUGACCAGCAUCUAUUUCUUUGUGAACGAAAGGGUCUUCAAGGAUGAGGAAAACCACCGGGUGUGCUUCGAACAUUACCCCAUCCAGCCUUGGCAGCGCAACAUCAACUAUUACCGGUUUUUCGUCGGUUUUCUCUUCCCCAUCUGCCUACUGCUCUCCUCUUACUGGGGCAUCCUGCGGGCUGUCCGCAAGAGCCACGGCACCCAGAAGAACAGGAAGAGUCAGAUCAAGAGGCUGGUCCUGAGCACGGUGGUCAUUUUCCUCGCCUGCUUCCUGCCCUAUCACAUCUUGCUGCUGGUGCGCAGCUUAUGGGAGGCCACUUGCGAGUUUGCCAACAACAUCUUCAACAUCUACCAUUUUUCUCUCCUCCUGACCAGCUUCAACUGCGUGGCCGAUCCAGUGCUGUACUGCUUUGUGAGUGAGAACACCCACCGGGACCUUGCCAGGCUCCGGAGCUCCUGCUGUGCCUUCUUCAGGUGUGCCAAGACCGGGACAUCCCGGGAAUUGUACCAGCUGAAUACUCCCAACACCUCUGGGAAAAGCAAGACCCCAACGGAAGAGCCAGAGCUGCUGAGGAAACUCCAUGCGACCGGGGAGGACUUUUCCGUACUCAGUGCGGAGAACUCUCCCGCCAGAAUCUUAGCCAAGACAGACAGUUAUCAGGCAGAGGGACCAAUUUAGGACUCUUUAGAUGAGAGCAAAAUGGGUGAACGUGUGUUUUGGGGCCAAGAUUUGGUCCCAAUUCUCAUUCAUUCAUUCAUUCAUUCAUAUUUAUUGAGUGCUU